AUGCCUACCACUCAGGUAACCCCCACGGAAGAUGUGCUUCUGCAGGGCAUUGCCGACGCUCUCUUCAAAGCUCGCAAAGUCGUGGUCAUUACCGGUGCCGGCAUUAGUACCAAUUCUGGCAUACCGGAUUUUCGAAGCGAAAAUGGACUGUACUCUCUAAUUCAAGCUCAAUUCGACGCCGCAAGCAGAGAAAAUGUUCCGGGAGGCAGGCGUCUGUCAUCAUCUUCUGCAUCGUCAUGCUCAGACACCCCCCCGGCAGAACGACCCAUUAAGCGACAGAAGAUUUCCUCCGAGGACUCGGCAAUAUGUAUACCGAAGGAAGACAUGCAAACAGCCAACGCACAAGAGACUGUAGGAUCCGACGAUGAGAGGCUGUGUUCUGCAGGAGAGGGUGCAGUGAAUCUGAUGCCCAGCCCUCCCAGUACUAGGUCGAGGGCCAAGAAGGCAUUGGAAUUCACCAAAUAUACCGUCAGCCGCCAGAGCACACCCGCGAAGGCACAGGGCGAGCUUCGACGUUCCAGGAGAGCGCAAUCAUUACCCCCGAGCCCACCACGAGAUGCGGCACCGGCGCGAAGCUUUCCUUCAGCAGCCGAACUUCGAGCGCAGAGCCCCAUCCGCACCUCCUUGCGCGUCCGAGGGCGCUCCGCGAGCCCCGAUCCCAGGCGGCGACCAAACGCGUACCAAACGAACUCCGCUGAACUGCGAAAGAGGUCCCUACUAACCUCUUCGCUGAAUUCGAUGCAAGCGGCCGACAUUGAGCCUCCAAGCCUCGCCUCAAGCCCGUUGAGACCACGCCAGACCUGGCCCAAUGACGAGUCUGAGGAAACUCUUCCCCCGGCCGCUUCGUCAUUCAGGGCUGACCUGAUCGCCGCACAACUCACUACACCUAGAACCACUAGAUUUCACUCCGAUUUCAGCUCACCUCUGUCAUCACCACCCCUAGGCUUCUCCUCGUCACCCCUUUCAUCUCCCCCAACAAUUCUAUCCGACCCAUUCCGGGAGGCUUCUUCGUCGACGAGCCGGCAAUCUUCCAGUACAGCAAGCAGUACAGUGUCUUCAGAAAUCGACGAAACACCUCCAUCUUCCAACCCGGCCAAGGCAUUACCCAACAUCAAAGGCAGGGACCUUUUCGACGCCUCCAUCUGGGCUGACCCUCUACGAACUUCGGUGUUCUACACUUUUGCCACUACAUUACGACAAAAGGUCAAGGAUGUUCAGCCUACGGCGUCUCAUCACUUCAUCGGCCACCUGCGCAACCGUGGCAAGCUGGUCCGGUGCUACACGCAGAAUAUUGAUCAGAUCGAGGAGAAGGUGGGGCUUACGACCUCACUUCAUGAUGGGCCUGGCCACCGGGGUCGCUUUUCAAGGAAGUCGACGACACAAGUGCCGACUCCACCCACGCCACCCAGUCACGACGAGAUUCCAAAGGACGCUGGAAAUUCCCGGGAAGCAAAUAAUGAGCCAACUCAAUCACAGACGAGUGAAGACGGGGAGGGGAUUGAGCAAGUGUUGGCUCGUGGCCUGACUGAGCAACAACCUCCACGACAGGAAAAGAAGUCCAGUGGCGUUGAAUGUGUGUUCCUCCAUGGAUCUCUCGAGUCUCUGCGAUGCUUUCUUUGCGGCAAAAUCUGUGACUGGGACGACGAAGGACGGGCGCACGAAACCCUCUCUGGCCGUCAACCCGAAUGUCCUUACUGUGCGGGUGCCACCGCGGCGAGGCAGGAGAGGGGCAAGAGAGCACUAGGUGUGGGCAAGCUGAGACCAGACAUUGUCCUCUACGGCGAAGAGCAUCCCAAUGCCCACCUGAUAUCCCCAAUUGUCACACAUGACCUUGGACUAUGUCCUGAUCUCCUUCUCAUCCUUGGCACCUCGCUGAAGGUGCACGGUCUGAAGGUCCUGGUCAGAGAGUUUGCCAAGACCAUUCACAAUAGAGGCGGAAAGGUUGUUUUUGUCAACUUUACAAAGCCUCCUGAAAGCUCAUGGGGGGAUAUCAUCGACUAUUGGGUGCAGUGGGAUUGCGACGCUUGGGUGUCCAACCUGAAGGAAAGAAUUCCAUUGAUGUGGCUUCCCCCAGGAACGAAGCUGCCAAAGAAAAAGAAGGAAGUCAACGAUAAGGCCAAGAAGCGCCAGAACAAUGCAGACGGGAAGACAAACCUGGAUACGGCUGGGCCAUGCGGCGAGGUUCCAGUACUUACAACGGAGGCGGCCGUCAAGGCAGAGAUGCCAGAAAUACCGAAAAGGACCAUCGAGACGACAGAUCCAGCCGAAAAGCAUCAGCCGCAAACCCAAGAGCAGGAAAUACAGACCACGGAGAUCCAGGGGCUCGCGGAAAGUCGAGGACCUGCAAACAGCUCAGUUAAGGUCGAGCCGACGCAGGACGAACAACCGCAGCAGAAGAAGGCUUCCCAAGAUACCCCACCAAAGUCCUCGCCUCAACGCCCGAUGGCAGUGCGAGAUGACAAAACCAGCGCGGCCUACCUCACCUGGAAGAUAAGGAUGGAGCUUCGCCGCAUUUCUGGCACCGAAACCCCGCCCUCAACCUGCUCUGCACCUUCAAAAGUCAGCAAGCCAAGAACGAAGCGGUCCAGGAAGUCUGCACCAGCCGCGCUACCCGAGCCCGCGCAACCUGACAUCAAUCCUAAUGAUGCGCAAGGCUCUCAGGAGGUGCCGGUCGGAGCAUUGGAGGACGCCCACAAUUCGAUCGCAACAAGUGGUCUGCCACGGAGCGACCUGGUCGUCGAGGAUGUUGUCAUGUCGGGGGUGGAGGUAAACUCCAUGGUCGCGGCCGUCAAGCUGAAUCCUAGAAAGAGGAAGCGGAAGACGAUCGACGGCGUAGAGGUCUCCUUCACGGGCACACCCCGCUCAACAUCAGCCAGGGCUCUCCCACGACCGACUCCGAAAGUCAAAGUUUCGCGAAGUAAGGACAAGCCGUUGGCAGUGUCGCCCAAGAUUCUCUCCGACAUUCAACGUGUGUCGACGGAGGAUUCGGUGAAGCUUCCGCCUCUUCGCAUGAGCCAGAUGCCGGAGGCGACACCAUCGAAGCCGCCCGCGAUGGAACCUGUACAUUCUCCCCCAGGACCUCUCACAGACAUCUCGCCUAACUCGCAGAGUCGCGUGGUUCACAGAAGACGGACGAUUUCGGAUCCAUUCUAUUUGAGCGACGUUCUUAUCAAUCAGCUGGUGCGGGCGCCUGGAUGGACUGUCCCGCAGUGCAUACAGAUCGAGGCACAGUCCCAGAAGGAGGCAGAAGCCGCCAUGGUGUUGGAGGGACUGAAGAACUCGAGUGGCCCAGCAUUCGUUGCGAGGGAUCAUUGA